AUGGAUUUCCAAGAGCUCUUGGCUCAAGCUUCUCACAACGCUCAGAAAUCGACCAAAGUAAUUAGUCAAAGCGAACAAGAACGAAGGGAAAAGUUGAAGCGGGAUAAGGAGCUCUACGCUAGGCAAUUGGAGCAGGAGAGGAAUCUAAAGAAGCUAAAAGCUCCUCCAAAACCUCAACCCAAACAGGUAUGACUUUAUUUUUUGCUUCUGGCUUUAGAGUUAACGUUAGAAUUGAUGAUAACAUUGAUUUCCUGUGCGAAUUUUAACUUAUCCUUGAUUUAGUUUGUGAUACCAAAGAAAAAGGUUGAUGAUGGCGUGCCUAGUGUCAAUGUGAGUGCAUUUUUGGAGAAGCAGAAGGCUGAAAACUUGGAGAAGAUCAAAUCGCAAAAGAAAGAGCGAGAUGAGCUGAUUAAAAUGCGAUUGGAGGCCAACAGUGGGAGGGUAAGUUGAUUUUGCUUGUAUUACUGGAAUUUUAGGUAACAACUUGGAGUAUUGUGAAUUUAAUCGAAGGAAAUAGAUAGGGGAAGCUUUUCUAUAACUUUUGUUAUGUGAAAAUGUUUUUGGAAUUUAAAAUUUGGGUAGAAAAGCUAUUUUUGUUGAAAAAUUUAUAUUGUAGUAGACAAACUUUAACGUUUGAUGUUGUUUCUUGGGCUAAAACUUGCUCAAUUUUUAUUUUAUAUUAAAGAUAAGUCUAAUAACUUUCUUUUUAGGCCAAUAAGAAGAUUGCUUCUCAAUUUGGUAAGAGUCAAAUUGAGCUCCAAACCAAGUAUGCUCAUAACUCUCAUCGAGAACUUGAACUUUACCGACGAGAGCAAAAAGAACAAGAAGCGAUUGAGAAACAGGCUAGUAAGCUACGUGAAGGUAUUGAUAAGGCUAUGGCAAAUCGACAAAAGCUGGCUACGAAAGGAAGUAUUGGGAAAGUGACGGGAGCUCGGGUUGGUAAUGUCAAAGCUGAUGGGUUUGCGAGCUUGUCGUCGAAACAUGAGUAAGUUUAGAUUUUUAUGUGCCCUUGAAGAAAUUUUAAUCGUAUUUUACAUUAUCCUUGUUAUUUUUAAAGUUUUUUGACAUUUAAAGCAUUUUUUGGAAAGUUUCAAAAAGUGGAAGAUUGGUGGAAGAUUUGUAAUGUAUUUUGUACUGAAAAUCUUCCACUUAGCUUCCGCCUUAAAAAUGUGUGAAAAACAUGUUUUUAAGCCAUUUUAAGACAUUUUCAAAUUGGAAGAUAGGUGGAAUAUUUUCAGUGCAAAAUACAUUACAAAUCUUCCACUUAACUUUCACUUUUAAAAAGUUUCAAAAAUGUGUUUUUAAGACAUUCUAAGACUUUUUAAAAGUGGGAGUCGAGUGGAAGAUUUUUAGUGCAAAAUACAUUAAAAAUCUUCCACUGAUCUUCCACUUUUAAAAUAGCUAAAAAUAGGCUAUUUUUUGAUUUGGGAUGAUCAUGUUGGCGUUUUUCUAAUAGUUUACAACUUUUCAGGUCAGUAACAACCAAGCGUAAAUCGGAAGAAUUCAAAACGAUGGGUUCAAGUCAGCCGAAGCGAAAGCCUCCGCCGUUCGCCGCCAAUGGCGGAGCGAUGGACUUCCAAAAACUCAUGGAACAAGCUAAUCAGAACAAGGAUGCUGAGAAAGCGGCAGCCAGAGCCAAGGCCAUUCGUGAGAAGCGCUACGAUCUUCUGGAGCAGCUCGACGGUAAAUCUUAUGGAGCUGAGGCUUCUUCAUCGACUUCGAAGCCUUCCUCGUCGUUUUCAUCCAAAUCUUCAUUUGCUACGGGUUCGAAAGUGAAUGGAAGUGGUCCUAAAGGGUCUUCUGGAGCUGCUCCAUAUGGUAAAGGGGCUUCUGGAGCGGAGUCUUCACGGUAUUCUUCAAAUGGAGGGCUUGAGUCUUCACGGUAUGGAGCGUCAGAAUCUUUAAGACACUCUAAUGGAGCUUCUGAAUCAUCAAGAUAUUCUAAUGGAGCUUCAGAAUCUUCACGAUCCUCAAACGGAGGCUCUGUAACUUCAAAAGACAUGUUCAAGAAGCCAGCAUUAUCAGCAAAAGCCUCGUUAUCAGCGACCAAAUCAGCGAAAUCACAAAGAGAAUCGACGAAAGACGCCUUCAAAGUGUCUCCAGCGGCUUCACAGUACGCGAGUCAGAAGAAAGAGACUAGAAUCCUGCCCGGAGACAUCAGAUAUAAAGGACUUGCCAAGGGGGAGAAGAAGGAGGAUGAUCGGCCCAAGGUUGAUCCAUAUAAAGCGGCCCUAUCCAAGUACGGUGGUGAUAAGUAUGGCAAGAAAAUGGAUUCAGAAGACCGUAGGAAAGCUUCAGAAGGCGGGUCGAAGGGCCAGAGAACGGAGAAGGGUCGUGAAGCUAGCAGAGAACGGUAUGGUGAUGAUAGGAGAGAGCGGCACGGUGAAACGUCCAGAGAACGGUAUGGAGAACCCUCCAAAGGUCGUUACGGUGAAGCUUCGAGAGACCGGUACGGUGAAGCCAAUAGAGACCGGUACAAUAGAGAUAGGUACGGAGGGCCCAGUGGGUAUGGAGACCGAAGGAAGCCACAUCUUAAUGGCAAACGAAGAGAUUACAGCGACGAUGAGAUGGACUAUGACGAUGAAGAAUAUGAUUCAGAAUUGGACGAUUUCAUCGACGAUUCAGAGCUGGAUGACUUGGAGAGAGCAGAUUUUGAGGAUUCAUUGAGGUAGGUGAUGGUUUUUCGGGUUUUGUUACUUAAAAUAUUAAGAUUGUUAUCUACAAUAUUGAGUUUGUUACCUAAAAUAUCAAGUUUGUGCUUAAAUUGCUUUAAAAGGGACUAAAUUGACAUUUAAAAUGAUAAAAAUGUGAUAUCACUUCAAAUUGUUUGCGUUUUUGACAAAAAAGUGACAUGUUAUACGAUGAAACAUGCUUUUCGGCAAUGACAUGUUUCAUCGUACAAAAUGGGUUUUAGUGCUAUUUUAGGUAAAUUUAUAAAUUUCGUGUAAUUACAUUUAUCUAAAACGACAAGAUUUCACAAAUUUUGUUGUGAUUUUGGCAAAAAAAAGUGACAUGUUAUACGAUGAAACUUGUUUUCGGCAAGUGACAUGUUUCUUAUAAAACUGGUAUUUAGUGAUAUUUAUUUGUUCAGAAACGGUUAUAUCUUCCUAGUUUGGCCACCUUAAGUUAUGUUUAGAAAGUGACAGUUUAUUCGAUAAAAAAAUUUUUAGGUAUAAGCUAAACCUACUAUAACAUAGUUGAACCUAAAAUAAUAUAAACCUUCUGUUUAAGAAUGAUAAACCCACGAUACAACAAGAGCCUGUGGAAGGCACGUGAACGCAUGAUCGACGAACGCCGAAUGCAUGCCAACUUUAAGGACCUGGAAGCAGAGGAGCGGCGUAGCAGCAAGCUGGCCAUGAUGGAAGAUAUAAUGGAAGCCGAACGCGGCAGUCGGGGAUUGUAA